AUGUUGGUACGUCAAGUGUGUCUCGCAUUGGCGAUUGCUGCCCUUUCGGGUGCUGUUCCUGCGCCAAUUAAGCAUGUCUUGCAUGAAAAGCGAGGCCAGCAUGCCGACUGGGUGAAGGGUGAUCGCAUCAAACGUGACUCUGUUUUGCCUGUGCGAAUUGGUCUGACCCAGAAUAAUUUGGACAAGGGUGAUGCCUUACUCAUGGCGGUCUCCGACCCUACCUCGGCCAAAUAUGGAAAGUACUGGACCGCAGAGGAGGUGCAUGAUAUGUUUGCCCCUUCCAAGGAAGCUGUCGAAUCAGUCCGGAGAUGGCUCCAGGCUUCGGGGAUUGACGAGUCCCGGGUCGUACACUCGGACAAUAAAGGAUGGCUGGCUUUCGAUGCCCAUGCCCACGAAGUGGAAAAGCUGUUCCUGGCUGAAUUCUAUGAGCAUGAGCACGCUGGUACCAAUAGUAUCAAGAUUGGUUGCGAUGAAUACCAUGUCCCAGAGCACAUUCAAAAGCACAUUGACUACAUUACCCCUGGAGUCAAGCUCAGCCCGGUCGUCAAGAAGAGCUCAAAGGUGAAGCGUAUGUCACACUUGGCUCACUCCAAGGGCAGCGUGGAAGUCAGCGACUCCAAAGGAGCGGCAUCGGUCCCUGCCAAGGCGUUGUCACUUGCGAAGAACCUCCAGACUUGCGGAUCAGAAAUGACUCCUGACUGCAUCAGGGCUUUAUACCAUAUUCCAGUGGCCAAGAAGGCAGCCGCGGGCAACUCGCUUGGUCUGUACGAGCAGGGUGACUACUUUGCCAAGUCUGACCUUGAUCUGUUCUACAAGGAGUACUCUCCAAAUGUGCCACAGGGUACCUAUCCUAUUCCGGCUUUGAUUGAUGGGGCGAACUACUCUGUACCUGCAUCUAGCUCGCUGAAUGGUGGCGAGUCUGACAUCGACAUUGACAUGGCAUAUGCUCUCAUCUACCCUCAGACCGUCACCCUCUAUCAGGUUGACGACCAGCUCUACGAGCCAGAGGAGGUUGCAACCACUAACCUGUUCAACACUUUCCUCGAUGCACUCGACGGCUCAUACUGCACAUACAGUGCCUACGGCGAGACGGGUAACAACCCAAAAAUUGACCCGAUCUAUCCCAACCCCCGCCCUGGUGGUUACAAAGGCCAACUCCAAUGUGGCGUCUACAAGCCCACAAACGUAAUCAGCGCCUCCUACGGCCAAGCCGAAGCCGAUCUCCCGAUGCCCUACACAAAGCGCCAAUGCAACGAGUUCCUGAAGCUCGGCCUACAAGGCCACUCAAUUCUCUUUGCGUCUGGCGACUACGGCGUAGCCUCAUUCCCUGGCGAUGGCUCCACCAACGGCUGCCUGGGCCCCGACUCAAAGAUCUUCAACCCGCAAUACCCAUCCAACUGCCCAUACGUCACAUCCGUCGGCGGCACAAUGCUCUACGCCGACCAAACUUACAAGGACGACGAGAGCGUCAUGCACGCCAAUCUGGGCGGAAAAGCAGCGAACUUUAGCAGCUCGGGUGGUUUCUCGAAUUACUUCCCUCAACCUGAUUACCAGAAGGCUACUAUCAAGAAAUACUUUGAGAAGGCUGGGCUGAAGUACCCCUAUUACUCGGAGAUGAAUGUUGAUCUUAAUAAGACAACUGGUCUUUAUAACCGGAUUGGUCGUGCUUAUCCUGAUGUUGCGGCUAAUGGAGCUCUGUUCCCUGCUUAUGCUGGUGGCACGAAGCAUCAUUUCUAUGGUGCUAGUUUGUCGUCGCCGUUGUUUGCUUCUGUGUUGAGCUUGAUCAACGAGGAGCGUAUUCACAACGGCAAGAGUCCUGUUGGUUUCGUGAACCCCGUGCUUUAUGCUCACCCACAUGUUCUCAAUGAUAUUACUAACGGUACCAAUGUUGGUUGCGGCUCAGAUGGCUUCAGUGCUAUCGAAGGAUGGGAUCCGGCUACUGGGCUGGGUACACCCAACUUCCCCGAGUUAAAGAAGCUGUUCCUCUCUCUGCCUUAG